AUGGCGCGACGUUUCUUCCUCUAUCUCGCCCGGACAGGGUUCGUUCGCCAGACCACCCAGAGGGUAACCCCGGGGAGACAUGCCCUCACUCGACCCUUCCACUCUACCGUGGCAGCUCGUACAGACGGGGUCUACAAAGCUCUCACAGAGAUGCGGGUCCGAACACCCUGGAUCGAGGCGCUUCGGGAAAGAAAAGAGGCGGAGAACAACAAUCAGACGCCGGUCGUGGAGAGUGCCAAAGUCGACCUGACCCCCAAGAAAAUGUCGGACAGCUAUGUCAGCCUUGUCCUGCCUCUCUCUCAAGAUCCCUGGCUGCUCGAUACCUACGCAAACUAUACGGGCCAAAUCCGCAUUGGUACCUUGCUCAUGGACCUGGAUGCCCUAGCUGGUGUGGUGGCCUACAAACACACUGGGGAAGGGGCAAGCAAUGUGACUGCAGCUGUGGAUAGGAUUACUAUCAAGAAUCCCAUUCGAGAGAUUUGUGACCUGGAGCUCAGUGGACAAGUGACGUACGCUACCGGACGGAGCAGUAUGGAAGUGACCUUGCAGAUCGCCAAAGCUCCAGCUCCAGGUCGUCAGGUUGCACCAGAGGAUGUCUUUAUGACCUGUGCCUUCACUAUGGUGGCCCUGGAUCCCAGGACCAAAAAACCCAUGAAUAUCGCUCCCUUGGAAGUCAAGACUCCUGCCGAGAAGGCGCUUUUCGCUAAGGGCGAGGAGAAUUACAGAAACAAGAAGACCAUGAGAUCUGCACAUAUCUUGACCAAGCCGCCUGAUGCGGAUGAGUCGGCUCUAAUCCACAAAAUGUGGACCGACUCCCUUGCAUAUGCUGACCGCAACAACCCGAAAAACCAGCCGUCCAACGUAGUGGCCAUGUCUAAGAGUACCAUCCACAGCACCCAGAUCAUGAUGCCGCAGUACAGGAACCGUCAUCAUUUCAUGAUCUUUGGAGGCUUUUUGCUCAAACAAACGUUUGAACUGGCUUUCACCUGUGCAGCCUCUUUCUCGCAUACCCGUCCACGGUUCUUGAACCUGGAUCCCAGCACAUUCGAAGAGCCUGUUCCCGUUGGUUCAGUGCUCUAUGUCGCGGCAGGUGUUUCGUUUACGGAACCUCACCCCGGCGGCGGUACUCGCAUUCAAGUAAUGGUGCGGACACACGUCCGGCCUGUUGAACACCAGGACCAAGAAAGAAAGUCCACAGGGACAUUCUUUUAUACCUUCUUCUCACCGGCAGAUGUGAGUGUGUUGCCGCAGAGUUAUUCGGAGUUCAUGGGAUGGGUGGCCGGAAGACGACGUGCGGAGAGAUUGUCCGCCAUGUUGGAUUCUUCUCCGAAUCUUAUCCUCGGCAGCCUCCACGAUGACAGCGUGACGGAGUGA